AUGGAGAAAUCAUGCAGUCUGGUAGUGCAUUUCGACAAAGGCACACCGGCGCUAGCAACUGAGAUCAAAGAAGCUCUUGAAGGAAACGACAUCACAUCGAAGAUCGAUGCACUCAAGAAAGCAAUCAUGCUUCUCCUCAACGGUGAAACCAUUCCUCAGCUCUUUAUCACCGUCAUCCGUUACGUUCUCACUUGUGAUGAUCACACCGUUCAGAAACUCCUCCUUCUGUAUCUUGAAAUCACCGACAAAACCGAUUCGCGCGGUAAAGUUCUCCCUGAGAUGAUCCUCAUUUGUCAAAAUCUCCGUAACAAUCUUCAAUCCCCUAACGAAUUCAUUCGCGGUGUUACUCUUCGGUUCCUUUGCCGUAUCAAUGAAUCCGAGAUCGUUGAACCGUUGAUCCCUUCGAUUCUGUCAAAUCUCGAGCACCGUCAUCCUUUUGUUCGCCGGAAUGCUGUUCUUGCUGUUAUGUCUGUUUACAAACUUCCUCAGGGGGAGCAGUUACUUGACAGUGCGCCGGAAAUCGUUGAGAAGUUUCUCGCAUCUGAACAGGAUCCAUCCAGUAAGCGUAAUGCUUUUCUUAUGCUGUUUUCUUGUUCUCAGGAUCGUGCUGUCAAUUAUCUUUUUUCGAAUAUAGAUAGGAUAAUUGAUUGGGGUGAACAGCUUCAGAUGAUUGUUUUGGAAUUGAUUAAGAAAGUUUGUAGGAAUAAUAAGGGUGAAAAGGGAAAGUAUAUUAAGAUUAUUAUAUCUUUGUUGAGUGCAAAUUCUACUGCUGUUGUUUAUGAAUGUGCUGGUACGCUCGUUUCACUUAGUUCUGCACCUACUGCAAUUAAAGCCGCUGCUAGCACUUAUUGUCAGUUAUUGCUUUCUCAGAGUGAUAACAAUGUGAAACUUAUUGUGCUUGAUCGUCUUAAUGAGCUUAAGAGCUCCAAUAGGGAAAUUAUGGUUGAUAUGGUUAUGGAUGUGCUUAGGGCGCUUGGGACUCCUAAUCAUGAUAUUAGGAGGAAGACUAUUGAUAUUGCUCUUGAGCUUAUAACUCCUAAGAACAUUGAUCAGGUUGUUAUGAUGCUUAAGAAGGAAGUUGUGAAAACACAGAAUGGGGAGCAAGAGAAGAACGGAGAGUAUAGGCAGAUGUUGGUGCAGGCUAUUCAUACUUGUGCUAUUAAGUUUCCGGAGGUGGCUAGCACUGUUGUGCAUCUGUUGAUGGAUUUCUUGGGGGAUACCAAUGUUGCUUCUGCUAUGGAUGUGGUUGUUUUCGUGAGGGAGAUUAUUGAGACUAACCCGAGGUUGCGUGUUUCUAUAAUCACUAGGCUUUUGGACACUUUCUAUCAAAUCCGUGCUGCGAGGGUUUGUUCCUGUGCUCUGUGGAUAAUUGGGGAGUAUUGUUUGUCUCUUUCGGAGGUUGAGAGUGGAAUUGCAACCAUUAAACAGUGUCUUGGUGACCUCCCCUUUUACACCAUCUCCGAGGAUGGAGAAGGUCAGGAGACAUCAAAAGCUGUGCAGCAGGUGAACUCAACCACCGUGUCUUCUAGGAGGCCUGCAAUUCUCGCAGAUGGGACCUAUGCUACCCAGAGUGCUGCUCUUGAGACUGCCAUGUCACCGCCUACCCUUGUUCAAGGCUCGCUGUCUUCUAUUGGGAACUUGAGAUCUCUAAUUCUUUCAGGUGAUUUCUUCCUUGGGGCAGUUGUCGCAUGUACACUGACAAAGCUUAUCCUAAGGUUGGAAGAGGUUCAGGCCUCAAAAGUUGAAGUUAACAAGGCAACUUCACAGACUUUGUUGAUCACAGUCUCAAUGCUGCAGCUUGGUCAGUCUUCGGUUCUUCCACAUCCAAUUGAUAAUGAUUCUCAUGACAGGAUUGUCCUUUGCAUGAGAUUGCUAUGCAAUACUGGUGAUGAGAUAAGGAAGAUAUGGCUGCAAUCUUGCAGGCAGAGCUUUGUGAAAAUGCUUGCUGAUAAGCAGCGCCGUGAGACAGAGGAGAUUAAAGCAAAGGCUCAAAUUUCUAAUGCACAGCCUGAUGACCUUAUUGAUUUCUACCAUUUGAAGAGCAGAAAGGGCAUGAGCCAACUUGAGCUGGAAGAUGAGGUUCAGGAUGAUCUCAAACGUGCUACUGGAGAGUUUACAAAGGAUGCAGAUGAUGCAAAUAAACUCAACCGCAUUCUUCAGCUCACUGGAUUCAGUGAUCCUGUUUAUGCUGAAGCAUAUGUCACAGUUCAUCAUUAUGACAUUGUCCUAGAUGUUACCGUCAUCAACCGAACCAAGGAAACUCUCCAGAAUUUAUGUUUGGAGUUAGCAACUAUGGGUGAUCUCAAACUUGUUGAGCGUCCACAAAACUAUACCUUGGCUCCAGAAUCAAGCAAACAAAUUAAAGCCAACAUCAAGGUUUCUUCAACUGAAACUGGAGUUAUAUUCGGUAACAUAGUUUAUGAAACAUCAUCGAAUGUUCUUGAGAGAACAGUUAUUGUUCUUAAUGAUAUCCAUAUUGAUAUCAUGGACUAUAUUGCUCCUGCAUCUUGUGCUGAUGUGGCCUUUAGAACUAUGUGGGCUGAGUUUGAGUGGGAAAACAAGGUUGCUGUAAAUACAGUAUUACAAGAUGAGAGGGAGUUUCUGGGCCACAUUAUCAAGUCUACAAAUAUGAAGUGCCUAACUCCGCCGUCUGCAUUGGAAGGAGAGUGUGGUUUCCUAGCUGCAAACCUUUAUGCUAAGAGUGUUUUUGGUGAAGAUGCAUUGGUGAAUGUGAGCAUUGAAAAGCAAGGAGAUGGUAAAUUGAGUGGAUACAUCAGAAUAAGAAGUAAAACUCAGGGAAUUGCUCUGAGUCUUGGGGAUAAAAUCACUUUGAAACAGAAGGGAUCCGCUUAA